UUCAAAAGAGCUGCUUCUUAUGAUUUCUUUUCUACCUAUUCAUAGUUUAUUUUAUUCUACUGUAAAUAUUUACUUUACUACAAGGGAGAAUCAUGCCCUUCAUGCUUCAGCUGGCAUAAUGUAAAAUCAGAUUGCAAUGCUAUCACUAGAGUUUUGCCCCUGGCAUAAAGUCAUCUCUUCGGGAUCUUAAAACUCAAGGGCAGCAUGUAGUUUUGACGUUUUCAGAGUUUUUAGCAUUGGAGAGUUCUCAAGAGAAGAUACCAGUAAUGCAUCUGCCGAAUAUUAAGGUAGCCAAUGAAGAGAGUGUGAAUUCCCUGAAAGUCAAAGAGGAGUGUGUUGCAGUGGUGGAAGCUCUCAACAAGGUGGUAUCUUGCUACAGGCAUCUGGCAGUCUCUGUUGGGGGGUCAUCAGAUAAUAUUCGCCUUCGAGAUGAGCUGAGACGCACUCGUGAGAAGGCACAGGAGCUGGCAUUGAGUAACAGGAAUAAGUUGACCUCAGCACUUCGGAACAAACAGCUUUGCAAAGAAGACCGUGCGGAUUUAGAGCGUCUGUGGGUGCAGUUUGCCUGUUCGGUGGAGCUUUUUCACACUGAUAUGUGCAAGGUCUAUGAGCUGGGAUUGAUAACGCCUCUGUCUGCAACUCAUCAACCUGCAAUACAGACAGGUGCUACAGGCAGUACUUCUGCCAUUGCCGCUAGGGCUCUAAGCGUCCAGAACAUCACCUACAGUGAUUCCCCAACUAACAAAGCAAACCGGGAACACAAAGAACUGGAGGACGAAAUUCUAAAAGUGGAUCAGAUGAUCACAGACAUGGAGAUGAAAGUUAAUGUUUUAAGGUGGACUGUAGAAGCAAAUGCAAAUAUGAAUGAUGAGCUUGAUAAUAAUGAUUACUCCUCAGUGACUUUGCUUUCUGUGGAAGAAAGAGAGUCUCGACACUGCUGCAAUGGACAACAGUUAAUUGUGUCUCUGCUUUUGUGUGGAGUAACUUUAAUAGCAGUUACACUUUCAUCAGUGCUGUAAAUAUGGUGGGACAUUCUCGGGACCGUGUGAGUUAGUGCUGGGUCCUUUGAAAUGAGAGUAAUACAAAAAAUAUAUAAUUUUAUUAGAACGAAUGUGUCAAAUCUAAUAAUUUAUGCAAGAGUGUUUUAAGUACUAUUUAAAAAAGACCAGUUAAGGCCCAGCAUCACUUGGCUGGAGUUCAUUGUAAGCUCAUUCCAUGGUUAAAUUUCGCACAAGAUGGCAACUAAUAGACAUGCAAUAUAGCACUAUCAUUAUCUGAGAUAAAUAUAAACUAUUUACAACUGCACUCCCCAGCUGAAUUCAACAUGACUUCACCAUAAGCUGUAUCAUAAUAAAGUACUCUCUUCUUAGUCAAGACUUUUGGGUACAAACUGAUUAACCUUAGAAAUAAUGUGAAUAAUUUGGCAAGCAGUGUGUGCUCCAGCUGAUCAUAGACAAAGCUAUGCCAAGCAUACGUGAGUUGCACUCAGGGUUAGGAUUUGUGAUGACAAUUUUGAUUGCAGAUUUUUUUUUAUUUUAAUAAUUUUUAGGGCAUAAAAGUUCUCUCAGAAACAUAUUUUCAAAGAAAGUUUGACUGUACUUCCAAUAUAUUAUCUAUGACUUUCCUGAAUUCCCACCUUCCUACUACGAUCAGUCACUCACAAAAUAAUGAAACUCUCAGCACUCUAAUUUUAGGGAUACAAGCAUGCAUUCCUAAUGCUAGAGUAAGAAAAUAAUGAGAUUAACCUAUAUUUAGUCCCCUGGCACCCUGGCUUGCUGCAGUAACCUCUCCUCCCCAACUGAGACUGUCUCUGCUUACAGACGAUUUCAGUCAAAACAAUGCUACCCCAUAGGCAAAUAUUGGGGCGCUAAUAUGCAUGUUCGGCAAUGGCCACUCUGCUCCAAUCAACUUAUCUUGAAGGAGCACUAUAGGGUCAGGAACACAAACAUGUAUUUCUGACCCUAUAUUGUUAAAACCACCAUCUGGCCCCCUUUGCCUCCCUAAAUAUAGUAAAAUCCUACUUGUAUUCAAGUCUGCAGCUCCUGGCUCUGCCCCUGUCUGCCUCAGACCUGCCUCUGUCUGCUGACAUUAUCAGAAGUGGUUAUCUGAACCAGUCACAGUGCUUCCCCAUAGGAUUGGCUGAGACUGUAAAGGAGGCAGAUCGGGGGCAGAUACAGCACAAGUCAAACACAGCCCUGGCCAAUCAGCAUCUCCUCAUAGAGAUGAAUUGAAUCAAUGCAUCUCUAUGAGGAAAGAUCAGUGUCUGCAUACAGAGGGUGGAGACACUGGAUGGCAGUGCUGCUUACUCUGCACCACUGCCCAAGGAAGCAGCUUUAGCAGCCAUUUUAGGAGUGGCCAGUGGAGUUAUCACUAGGCUGUAAUGUAAAUACUGUAUUUUCUCUGAAAAGACAAUGUUUACUGCAGAAAGCCUGAAAGGAAUAAUUAUACUCACCAGAAAAAAAUGCAAUAAGCUGUAGUUGUUCUGGUGACUAUAGUGUCCCUUUCAUAAAGAUGCAUUGACUCUAUGUAUCUCUAUGAUGAUUGUUCGGCUCUGAACAAUGGUCGUGCAAUUAGGAACCACAACCAGAAAAGGCAGUGUUUAUACUGCAGGGGAAAACAUUUUUACCGUAGAACUACGACAUUAAGCUGUAGUGAUUCUGGUGCUCAGAGGGUCCCUUUAAAAAAUACCAUCGCCAACUAGAUUGCUCCUCUUGACCACAUGCUCCCAUUAACACAUCCCAAGUGUUGUUUCUUCCAUGGGAUAAAGAAUACAAGCUUCCAGGUUCAUCAUAAUCUCUGUUAGGCUGAUAAAGACCCCAAAACCGUUCCUGUGACGACAAAAGAAACACAAAAUCACCAACAGAGAAUAUAUAACAAAUACAUUUUCAAAUCUGUGCACGUGUGGAUUCAUAUUUCUUGUAAGCUUCAACUUGUGGUUCUCUCCGUGUAUGAAUGAAGGAGAAAAUACAUAGCCUAGGAAUAUUUUGGCACCUUAUCCAACAAAUGACAGGACAAAGGACUGCACCCUGUCUGCCUAGUAGAGAUCUGGAGGGCCACAGUCAAGUAUUGUACAUCAUAACCAUUCGACUGCUCAUUUUGGUCAGAUCACCAUCACCUAACAUUCGUAUUCAUCUAGUGUCCAGCAGUCUAGAGAGAACCCACGAUCUGCUACAAUGUGUUUGUAUGUUCUCUGUGUGCUAUAUGUCCUUUUAACUCCUACCAGUUUUCUAUGCAGCAAUGCAAAUGUCUCCAGACUGGCACCUUAACCCUUUCACAAGACAAGUCUAAAAAAAGGAAACCAAAAGGACUAAAUGUUGUCUAUAAUUGCCCCACAUAUCAGUGGAAAGAUAUAAAGGAUGGGAUCCAGCAAAUGCAAUUAUGGGUCUGGUGUGUGACAGAGAGAUCAGAAGCUGCCAAAUACAUGAUACAAAGAUUAUGCUAUUCUAUCAGUGAUCCCAUUUGUUGAACAACCUUAUGUGGAGUGGAUAAGUUAUCAUUUUGUAAGCAUUUUUGCGGUUAAAGGGAACCAGUCACUAAAAAACAUAUGUAUUUGUCUUGUGUUUAAAUUAGACUCAUAUAGAGAAUUAAAUAAUAUGUUUAUAUAGGUAACAGUUUAUGUUAAAUGUUAUUUUUUGCUUUUGAAAUA